CUCUCAGCAUUACAGCUUGGAGCGUCUUCAGUUGAACUUGUGUUGUGAUUUUUCACUGAAAGUGUCGUGAAUGCGUCUAGAAAUUUUCACAAUUUCACCAAAUAAUGUUCAGUGCACUGCGGUGAAACCAUUCCGGAUAUUUCUAAGUGUGUCGACCAGUGUUUUUACGUCGCACUUUGGAUUUUCGUGACAAACGUGGAUUGUUUUCAAAUUUGUGCUCCCUAACCAAACUUGGAUAGUCAUUUUGUUUGAUGUUUAAUUUCGAAACAAUGAGCAGUGGAGUGUGUGAAAUGGUUCGGAGGCCACUUUUCGACUUCAAUUCGGUGGGCAAGGCUUUGGAGCAGUACAAAAAAUUGAUAGAGAAAAAGCAAUCGGGCGAAACCUGGAAAAAUACGAAUUGCAAUCUGAGCAGUCCAAAAAGAUGUAGAAGACGAGACGAAGAGCAUUCCUUGCUCAAAUUUCUUGCCCUGAACGCACUAGAGCUGACAGCGCCGGCCAGCGAUGUGCUGCUGCGUCAAAGUGGGACAACGACAACGACGACAAACGGCGGCUCGCCACCGACACACUGGGUCCAGUUGUCCGGCCACCCGGACACUUUUGCGCCGGCCGGCCCUGGAACCGUCUGGAAGAAGUGUGGCGGCGGCGCCGAACGCAGCGUCUACGAGGCCUUGAACCAGGAGCCGAGUCUCAAGGACGUGACGCCGAGGUUCUUAAGAGAGGUGCACUAUGCGGGCCAGACGUUCAUUGAGCUCGAGGAUUUGCUGCAGGGAUUCAGAGACCCGAACGUCAUGGAUAUCAAGAUGGGCACGCGGACGUUUCUGGAGACCGAGGUGCAGAACUUGGCGUCCAGGCCUGAUCUCUAUCUAAAGAUGGUAGCUCUAGAUCCGACUGCGCCAACACCUGAAGAACAUGCCUCAAAGUCAGUGACCAAACUGCGCUACAUGCAGUUCAGAGAACAGCAGAGCUCGACAUGCAGUCUCGGAUUCAGGAUAGAGGCCAUGAAGUUCCGUGGCACGCCGCCAGUAACCGACCUGAAACGCGUGAAAAGCCUUGACGAGGUGGUGUCAACAAUGUCGCUGUUCUUGGGCGACCGAGACGACGUGAGACUGCGCCUGGUGGCACGCCUCGCCGACAUCCGCACCAAACUGGAGAACAGCAAAUACUUCAAGCACCACGAGGUGGUCGGCAGCAGCAUCCUCAUCAUCUACGACGACUGCAAGGUGGGCGCCUGGAUGAUCGACUUUGCCAAGACGCGGCCGCUGCCCGAGGGCGUCACCGUCAACCACCGGAGCCCGUGGGCGCAGGGCAAUCAUGAAGAUGGCUUUCUGUUCGGGCUCGAUCAGCUGGUGAGGGUGGUCGAACAGGUCGAGGUCAAGGGAGAGGUCGGCGAGGCCACCUGUAAAGGCGGCAGCUCGGUCGCGCUCAAAUCAUGAGUCGAUAGUCGCGAGAUGUAUCGAUAGUCGAAAUAUGUCGAUACUAAUGAUCUAUCGAUAAUUAAGAUACAUCGAUAAUGACGAUUUAUUGUUAGUGAAGAUAUAUUGAUAAUGACGAUUCAUCGAUAAUGGAGAUGUAUCGAUAGUUGAGAUUUAUCGAUAAUGAAGAUCUAUUGAUGGUGUAAAUCUUGAUUGACUGAUCGCAAUACUCGUUUGAUGUCGAAUCGAACUUCGAUUGAAUGGUUAGAAUAUGUUCAGUGUAGAAUUUGAGGAUGAUUUAGCUAGAACACUAUGGUAUGAUUAUUGAUAAAUUGUGAGCUGGAUAGUGGAGAUCCUUCGAUAAUGGGGAUCUAUCGAUUGUGAAAAUCUUAAUUGGCUGGAUAGAAUGAGUUUGGUUUUGAAUUUCAGAAUGGAAUUAAUAGAGUGAAAGAGAAACAGGGGAUGGAUAUCGUUUAAAUGAGCUGGCAGUAGAGGUACGAUGUAUUGAUACUACAGAUCUCGAUCUAUCUAAUGGUUAGAAUUAGUGUUGAAUUCGAAAAUGAUCCAGAGCAAUAGAUUCAGUGAAUAUAGAAACAUCUCGAUUCAUUAAUAGUGAAUAUAUUGAUCAAGCUGCAAUUCUCAGUGUAUCGAAUUUUAGUUUGGAACAGUCAAUGUAUCGACAUCUCUGUAUCGACUACCUGUUUUAUGAUUUUCAAUCAUUGAUACUGUAAUCUCAAAAUAGAAUUGGCUUGUACUUGGAUGCAUUUGUACUGGCAGAGAUGUUUCUAAAAUAAUAUCGAACAUGUUAUUUCAUUGUCCAACUGUAUCGAUAUUGUGGUUCGACUUGUGAGUAUCGAUAAUAUCGACUUUUUGCCCAUCGACUUUUUUAGCCAAUCAGUGCCAAUCUAGUCCUUAUGUUCGAGCGUUUCGCUGUACCUACCGUAUUAUGUUAUCAUUAGUUUUUGUACCAUCUACUCAUCACUUCAUAAAUUAGGUGUCUCAUUGUAACAUUUCUUGUACCAUUCUUGUUUAUAGUAUCAUUGUAUGCAUUUCCAGUAGCACUACAAUUUAGUAAUGGAUUUGCCGGUAUAAAAAGUAGAGGAUGACAUAGAGGGGUAGUAUUUUUAUUGACAAACUGAUUGAUUGAUUAGAGUAGAGUGAUCUAAAAUAUUUGAAUAUAGUGUCGAAGUAAUACUAAUAAUUACUCACUAGAUUGACUAACUACAAGUGUAUUCAACUCGUAAACAAUUACAGUACUUGUAUUGUGAAUUUUGCGAUACGGUAAAAGACACAAACUAAGACGAGUUAUGAUUAUUAGGUUGUAGUGCAACUGGAUUUACUCUAAUAUUCAUCAAAAUCAAUUCGACCUUGUUGUUUUAAAAUCUGCCGAAAAUUUAUUCAAUCUUUAAAUUUUAUUCCUUGACAAAUGCCUCACUUCGGUGUGCUAUUGUUUAGAUUACUCUUUUGAAGUGUACUUAAGGUGAACUUACUUGUCCCUUCCUAUAAAAACUUCAGGUUCUGCUGUAGAAGUAAAUAAAGGAAUUGAAUUCUGUGUUCUGUCCAACAUAAAUUGUUAUAUAAUGAAAUAUGAUUUAUUAUUGAAUGUUUAAUAAAUGAAGGAAUUAAAUUCUGUCCAAAUUUGGAAUAAGAAGCUAAAUUUUUGACAACUCAUAAAUCAAUGAUACUAUACUAACCGAUUCAAGGAAUUUUUCAUAUUAAAAUGUAUAUAAUGAAAAACUAUACGUAAUAAAAUUGUACCAUUAUUUUCAAUUUUUCUUUAAAUUCUAUAAUAUUUAGAGGUGUGAGAUAAUACCCUUGUCUCAAGUAUUCAUGUUCCUCAAUUUGAAUUUAUUGUUGAAAUGUAGAGUCGCUAGUGGUUAAGUGUAAGAGGAAAAGUUUUGAAAUUUAUUAUUAAUCGAUGUGUCAAAGGAUUGGAAUCCAUAUCAAUUCAAAAAAAUGUAGAAUCUGUCAAGUCUACCAUUAAUAUAGUAAGUGGAAACUCUUCCCUUGUUGGAAUUUAUCUUCGGUUUAAUUAAUUUAUUGGUGCCCAUUGUUUAAAAAACUGCUCUUGGAAGUUCUCAGACGAUAUUUUAAUUAGGUAUUUCCAUUUUGAAUUUAUACAGUUCUAAAAAAUCAUGACUGACUUGCAGUUGCAAUUUUCACUGUAACCGACUCUUAAUAGAAUUCCAUGAACGCUCUAUAAUGGUGGAAUUACCGCCUGGUUGCUGAAACGAUUAUCAAGUCUUAAACGAGUUUUAUUGAUCUGAAAUCAAUUGUUGAUUGGCAAUCAAGCGUUGAUCAACGCUUGCACAACCAGCAGUUAAAUUAACUGUUUCACGGAAAAAUUUUAAGCAAAUUUUAAUUUCAGGGGAAUAUUUCAACAAGGGGGUUUUCUUCUUUCUACUUUUCACAUUCCAAUACCUUGAAUUUUGUAUUAACUUCUCAAUCAGUAUUUUCAACUCCGUUUAGUUAUCGGAUAUUAUUUUCAAGCUUUUUCAUAAGAUUUUAGCAGCUCAUAGAUCUACAUUUUUGUAUUUUUAUAUUAUAAAUAUGUUGUAAAAGAUGUUACACUUUGCAGAGUUAGCUCUCUUCAAGUUGAAAUAAUAUGUUGUAAAUAACAUUUACAGUAAACGUUUUUGUAUUUUAAACUACAAUUUAAUAUUUUAUUGCAUUGAAAAAUACUGUAUUUUUCAACAGUUGUAUCUGCAAUAUCUAAUUAAUUAUCUUUAUAUUUUCCUAUGUUGAGAAUCUAAUGCAUUAUACAUUUAUCAUGGUAUUUGAGCAAUACAGGAAUUGAAAAUUCACCAUGUUUUACUACAAACAAAUUAUUUAUUACUACUAAAUUCAAUCAAAUUAAUCAUAAAUACUGACAAACUAUUGAUUAAAUUGAUCUUUUUUAUAUUAGGUACUGUACACUGUGUUGAUUUAUUGUUCCUACUAUAAUAUUAUCAUGUAUCAAGUUAUUUGAUAAUUUAACUUUCAAAACAUUUCAAGAUUCAAUGCUAAAAAUCUAUUAAAAUACAAAAUCGUGUACAAUAAAUGUCCAUGUAAGUUACUUGUCUAUUGUGUGAGAACUAUUUGUAAUAAGUAGGCUAGUAUUUAUUUAUUCCGAAAAUUGUUGUAGAUUAACAUUUUUUAUGUAUAAAAAGAACAUUUUCAACUAA